UCAUAGCAUCAUUUGCUUCUGAUUUAACUGGUUGACGUGAAGUGAACAGUCCGAAUUUAGAUCUGCCACAACAUGCCAUUUGAAGACCUUAUACAGGAAGUCAAUGAUAACAUCGAGCAAGAGAAAAAGAAGCGAGCCAGACUGAGAGACCUGGACCUCAUUGUGUUUGACAACUCACUUCGUGAGAGCACUGUGGGUCAGCUUCGUGGGCACACACUAGAAAACAAGCGUAAGAUUUACGAUGAAGUCAGAAAGUGUGGAUUCCAGUUCAAGAUUGUGGCUGCCUAUUCUCAUAUGCCACGCGUGGAUGACUCCUGGGUCGCUGAGAUCGUCCGUGAGUGUAAGGAAGGCAAAGAAGACCUGGGUAACCUAUUUGCAUUCAGUGAGUUUUUCGAGUCGGUCUCUCAGGGUAUUCCUGACACCAAAACUAUUCCAGUGGGUCUGAGAAAGAUGCAAGAGCAGGGAUUGAUCAAUCCUAUCAUAGAGAUAGAUUUGGCCAUAAAAAGCAUCAACUGGGAAAAGUUCACCAUGAAGGACAUGUUCACACUGCUGACCGAAAGAUUCAAAUGGAGCCGAAAAUAUUUGUCUCCAGAUGCCAAGAUCAUGGUAAAUCUACGAGACUUUCCGGACGCCAUGGUCUAUGAAAUGGAGCGGCUGUUCAGUCUCGUGGACUACAUCGCGUCCAUGCCUGCAGCUGAGCGUCCUUUUGGAAUCAUGUUUGAGGAGCCAACGGGCAAGUUUUUACCAGAGGAGGUUGGCGCCUGGACUGCUGGUGUACGUAAGAUCAUGGAUUCCCAUGGGUGGACCUCUGGACACCUCUUGGCUCAUGUUCACAAGAAGUGGGCUCUUGGAGAUAUGGUGCAGCUUGAAUGCCUUAUAAACGGAGCUAACGGUAUCUGGGCAAGCGUUUGUGAGGAAGGAGCUGCUCUUGGUCACGCAUGUUCUACAGUAACACUGAUGAACCUCGUCCGAAUGGGGAACAAAAAGGUCCUAAAACGCUACAACUGCCCUGCCAUGAGGGAUGCUGCAUCUAAUGUGACUAAGAUCACCACCGGCCUUCCACCCCAUCCCAAGCAAGUCAUCUAUGGCGACAGGGCGCUGGACUUAGCGUUUGACUUUGGAAGCAUAGCAGGUGGAACCGUUAGGGAAACCGACUUUGACCUGGCUGAGUUCUUUGGAGAAGAAGCCCCCGUGAGGAUCAGUACACUUGCUACCGAGCGUAUGAUCCAGGAAAGGCUUGAAGAUCUGUUUGGUAAGGAUCGGAAGUUUACUAAGGCAAUGGCUGCUGCAAUGAAGGAACAAAUGAUCAAAGACCUAAAGGGCAACACCAAAGAAGAAUAUAUGAGUGCAGCCGGCAUCGCCAUGUUGUUUGAUCGAUCAGGAGGAAAACUCACUACAGAGAUGUCAGAAGUUAUUGCAAAAGUCGAUGUGGAGAGUGUACACGCCCAAAAUCUCAUUGAAGAGAUUCGUAGUAUAUGGAACGAGUGGGACAUCAAGGAAGAAGAACAAAAUGACGAUCAGCUGAUGUUCUGCUCCUUCUACAACGGGUUCAUGGCUCCUUACUUUGGAUGCUUCAUGUGCGAUGACACACAGAAGGCCUUGCAAGCUAUCAACAUGGAUAAUGAUGGAUACAUCGACUGGAAUGAAUUCCUGGUGUAUCUCAAGUGGGCGAUGCGUCAAUAUCCCAACAUCAAAGACGUCGAUGAACUGUUAAGUGUCGCCUUUAACAAGGGAAUCAUACCCGCCAUGCGAGAUGAAGUACUUAGCAGAAAAGGGAAAGCCAGUCGGGGAAAGAAGUUCAAGUCCCAAACCUGCUGCCAUGCUUAAACUUGCAAUUCAUGUCAUUGGGUUUAUUUAAAUAUAUUAUCAGUCGACAUUGGAAAUAUGGUGAAUUGAUCGGUAUAAGUUUAGCUGUAGGUGCGAUUUUUCCUUCGCAAACUUGUUGUUAGGGCUUAAGGUUCACGUUUAU